AUGCACUUAACCUUAGGUGUGUUAACGGAGGAUGAAGAUGCCCGCACUGCCCUCAGUGAAGCUGUAGAAAACCAAUGUCUGCCCCGAUUUGAAAACAACGAUGGUCCCCUUUUGGAUGUUUGGUUAGGUGAACGAAAACUAUUUGGUCUCGUCGAGCGUGUCGCGCCGAAUAACUUUCUGCAAGUUACCUCUGAGAAUGGAGGCACUGCAAAAGGCGAAAGCACUUGUGCGGAUGAUCCGCACGAUAUGCGCGUGACAGACAACGUUUCAUUUAUUAUUCGCCUUUCAUCGGUGCCACAUACGUCCCUUCAACCUGGCUUUACUGCGGAAGAUGCCUUUGUGAACUGCACGCGCAUUGUCAUGGCUUAUUCGGCACAACUGGAGCGCGGUGCGUCGGCGGAGCUCGUGGGCUCCGACGCAAGCGCUGAGUACAUGCGCUUCACAGAAAAAUGA